CUGGUAUCUAGCGACAGAUUGUGAAACAACAGCAACAUACCGCAAUUCGCCCUGGCAAUCAUUUGUCCCUGUCAGACUGUCAGACUCCCCAGAGUGCAGAUCAGGAAUAUCUAGCGAUUGCUCUUGGGCAGUCUGCCAGAGCACCGUCGCUUGUGAGGGCAUUGUUUUGCCGUUUUCAGCUUCAGUCGCAUCCUGUCGAAGCUACACAAGGCGAGAUCCUGUUCAGCAGUGCAUUUCAGUACAGCGCAUGAUGUGCCCUAGGUGAAGGGGAGGUUUUAAACACAUACCAGAUGGUAGAUCGGGCUACGUGAUACCUGCCCAUUCUAGAACUCGCCAUGCAGAGCCGGCGUUGAACACUCAAGCUUCGACCACGUCCCCUCAUCCUUCUGCUUCGGGUUCAGCUCUUCAGACCCCUACUACCACCACUCCUCUUGGCUCUCCCCCGGCUUCAGCUCUUCAAAACCUUACGACCACCACCGCCGCCACCACUACACCUCCUGGAUCUCCCCCGGCUCGAGCCUUGCAGCUCUUGUCGAUCAAGCGUCCUGAGACGCCAAAAACUCCAAAGACCUCGGGAGCUACGCCUGCACCAUCGCACUCCGAAUUGACGGAGCUCGCUGGCAAUGGACAAGAAGCUUCGGCAGAACAAGCCCCGCCUGCUGCUGAUGGGCCAGCGUCGGAGCGGCAAGUCAUCAAUAACUAGUGUCGUGUUUCAUAAAAUGCCCCCUCAAGAGACUUUAUUCCUCGAAUCCACCACCCGAAUACAGAAAGACUCGGUAAGAUCGUUCAUGGACUUUCAGGUUUGGGAUUUUCCUGGACAGCUCGACUAUUUCGACCCCACAUUCGACACCACCGAGAUCUUUUCCGAGAUUGGAGCUCUUGUGUGGGUUAUUGACGCACAAGAUGACUACACUGAUUCAUUGAAUCGAUUGACCACAACAAUCCUGAACCUUCAAAGCACCUUCCCUCACAUCAAUGUUGAGGUUUUCGUCCACAAAAUUGAUAGUCUCAAUGAGGAGCUGCGCUCGGACAUCUACCAAGACAUUGUACAACGAGUCAGUGACGACCUCAGCGAUGCUGGGUACAUCAAUCCGAACAUCACGUAUCACUUGACAUCCAUCUACGACCAUUCCAUCUUCGAAGCCUUCAGUAAAGUCAUUCAAAAAUUGAUCCCCCAGCUUGACACUCUAGAGAACCUGCUCAACAUCUUAGUCAACAACUGCGGAAUGGCCAAGGCAUACCUUUUCGACAUUCUCACAAAAAUCUACGUUGCUAGCGAUACCCGACCAAUCGAUAUGGAGGUGUAUGAAAUGUGCUCGGACUACAUCGAUGUCAUUGUGGACAUCACGGACAUCUAUGGUUAUGAGCGCAUUCAUAACAAGGUGCUGGGAGAGCAAAUGCAGGAGGCUGAAUCAUCAGUAACCAUUCAUGAUGGGACAAUGAUCUACCUCAAGGAGAUGAAUAGAUAUCUCUGCCUGGUUACAGUCAUCAAGAACGAUGAGGCAAAGGACAAGAAGGGCCUUAUUGACUACAAUUGUCACAUCUUCCAGGAUGCACUCAACGGCGUCUUAGAUCGCAGCUGGGAGAAGGACAAGUCUAUCGAGAACGGCAUUGGUGAACACCUGAAUGAUGGUGAGCAGGCUCAGGCAGCUUAGCGUCCGUGUAGACGAAUGAGGCAUUCUUUUGCUUGUCCAUCCAGCAAGUCUUACGCAACAGUUAUGAUUGGCCAUGGAGCUUUGAAAGAUAACUGGUGCCAUUGUCAAAGCGCGUUUGCUCCAGUGAAACAGCAUUGUCGCUCGUGCCACGUAGAAAUUGAACCAACUUAGCAAGGAUGGACUCACCAAAAGCAAUGACAAUGA